AUGGGGGAAUUUAUGGACACCAACGGCCUGGUUGACCCCAGCUUCAUUGGCCCUGCGUUUACCUGGACGAAUAAUAAGGAUGCUAGGAGCAGGAUUUCCUCCCAACUUGAUAGAUUUCUGAUCAGCUCGUCGAUUCUGGAUGUGUUCCAGGAGCUGCGGGUUACUCACCUGACGAGGCUUGCCUCAGAUCAUUGCCCUAUUCUGUGCUCAACGGCUGAGCAGCAGCGAGGGGUUCCAUCCUACUGGAUCAAAUUCGAGGAAGCGUGGAUUGGGUUCCCUAAGGCGUGGCAAUUAGUAGCAGAUAAAUGGAAGGUCCAGGAUACCGGUUCGGAGGCCUGUAAGCUGCAAAGGAAGUGUAAUAGGUCAUUGAAAUCGCUCUACUUCUGGAGUAAGAACAAGCUUAAGAUGCUAAACCAACUCAAGGAUGAGUUAGAUAAGGAAAUCAAGGAUCUGCAGGAGCUGGAGUGCUCUCCUGCAGGGCUUUCAGAGGUUUAA